UUGUAUGAGGUAAAUUUAUUCCCCAUAAAUCAUCGCAUAUUUGUGUUGAACGUGGAGGAUACGUAGUGAUGCGAAAUGCUACCGCAAGUGUGGACAUGUUGAUUAUUUCAGUAUUUAGGGCAAACUAUUAGCGUCAUGUUGGAUUGUAACGGGACGGAAUCUCUGUGAGGUACUAGGGAAUUUGAAGGCAUGGACAAUUUAAAAACAAUAAUGUGAUUUAAAUAAAGCAAGGCAAGAGAAAGGGAAAGAAAUGCAAAAUGCAUUAUUGAUAUGACUGGAAAUACUACUAGUAUUGAAGACCCAUCAUCUAGUGAUGAACCCAAAAAAUUUUCAUUUGACUUCAGUUACUGGUCACAUGAUGGAUGUAAGGAGGAGGGUAAUGGAUACUAUGGACCAGAUACAUCACAUGCCAAUGGCAAGAAAUUCUGUGAUCAGAUGAAAGUCUAUAAUGAGCUUGGUGUAGGUGUUUUAGAGAAUGCAUGGGAAGGAUACAAUUCAACUUUGUUUGCCUAUGGUCAGACAGGAUCAGGAAAAAGUUGGUCCAUGGUAGGAUAUGGUGUAAACAAAGGAAUUGUGCCUUUAUAUUGUGAGAACAUUUUCAAACAGAUUGAAGAGAAGAAGGCUGGUGGAGAGAAAACUGAAUAUGAGGUCACUUUCAGUAUGUUAGAAAUCUACAAUGAACAAAUACGAGAUUUACUAGACUCUAAGACGAGAAAAGGAGGUCUGAAAUGUAGACAGCAUCCUAAACAGGGAUUUUAUGCUGAGGGACUAAAGAUUGUACCAGUGAGCAGUUAUGUUGAUAUUGAAGCUAAAACAGAAGAGGGAACAAGAAACAGAACUGUUGCAUCAACCGCCAUGAAUGCUACUAGCAGUCGUGCCCACACAAUAGUUGGUAUAACAUUUGUACAGAAGUACAUCAACGCUGCUGGAGAAGAAACAGCAAAGACUUCUAUUGUUAACCUGGUAGAUUUAGCUGGAAGUGAACGUGCGGAGAGUACAGGAGCAACAGGAGACAGACUUAAAGAGGGAGCUGCCAUUAACCAGUCUUUAUCAUGUCUAGGAAAUUGUAUCGCUGCCUUAGCAGACAAUGCAGGAGGAAAGAAAACAAGAGUGCCUUACAGAGAUUCCGUCCUGACCAAACUACUGAAGAAUGCCUUAGGAGGAAACAGCAAAACUAUUAUGAUUGCUGCCCUUAGUCCAGCAGAUAUCAACUAUGAUGAAACACUGUCAACCUUACGUUAUGCUGACAGAGCAAAGCAAAUUAAAACCAAAUCCUCCGUCAAUGAGGAUCCAACAGCACAACUGAUUCGUGAACUUCAAGAAGAGAACGAAAGAUUGAAGAAAGCAAUAGAAUCUGGAAAUCUGACCAUAAUCACAGGAGAAGGUGAAGAAGAUGAUGACAUGAGCGAAGAAGAGAGGGAAAAGAUCAAACAGGAGUUAGAUGAGGAAUAUAAGAGUAUCUUAGACAAAAAUCAAAAGGAGAUGGAAGAAAUGAAGAAAACAUUUGAAGAAAGAUUGAAGGAACAAGGAGCAGGAGGUACCGAUUUAGCUGAUAUCAAAGAGAAACAGAAGACAAUCCCACAUAUCUACAACUUAAACAUGGACCCUCAGUUAACAGGGCACAUGUUUCACUUUCUGGAUGCUCCAUCUAAAUCAUUUGGUGCUGCUACAGAAGGAAUUGAUGUUACUAUACAUGGACCAAGUAUAUCUAUGAAACAUGCAGUAUUCACUGAGACGGAAGGAAAAUUCAGUGUUGAACCAAUGGAGGCAAAUGUUCGUCUGCUUGUCAAUGGAAAGGCAAUAGGAACAAAAACACAACUUUCACAUAAUGAUAGAAUUAUUUUUGGUACUACUAAGUAUUUUGUGUAUGUUAAUCCUAAAGAAAGGGACAGUUCUAAAGAACAAUAUAAAGAAAUAACAUUUGAGAUGGCUCAAGAAGAACUUGCCAAAAAAUCUGGAUUUGAUGUGGAAGGACAAAACAAAUCUAGAGAGGAUGUAUUAUUACAAGAGGAUUUGUUAGAAAUGUUGCCUGCUGUAGAGGAAGCUAAUGCCAUUAGUGAAGAACUAGACAAGAAACGAAGGUUUGAAAUCAUGAUUGUCUCCCCUGAGGCCAGAGGUGAACUGUCUGGACGAACAGAGGUAAUGGUAAGAAUGAAGGACUUAGAAACUAAUCAUGAAUGGGUGUGGCCAAGACAGAAGUUCUUUAAUAGGAAGUUUGUGAUGCAGGAAAUGUACAAUGAAUUCCAGGAAGGUGAUCCAUGGGAACUUCCAGCAGAGAAAGAUCCAUUCCUUGAUGAUCCUAAUGCAGAAUUUCACAUUGGAAGUGUUAAAGUUUGGCUGCAAUCUAUAUCAUAUAUGAUUGAUACUAAAGAGCAAUUAGAAGUGACAGAUUUUAAAGGAAAUGAAGUGGGUCUACUUAAUCUUGAAGUUGUACCAUGUGACAAGACAGGGAAGAAGGAGAUAACAGAAGAUGAUGAUGUCUUUAUAGAGAGCCCUGAUGAAUUAGUAGGCAAAGAACUCAACUUUAAUGUCAAACUUCUCGGAUGUAAAGGACUCCCAAAUAAAUUUACAGAUAUCUAUGCUAAAUAUACAUUUUAUUUGGACAAGAAACUUAUUGAAACAAAGAAAAUUCCUAACACCAUUAAUCCAGAUUGGAAUUUCACACAGCUUCAUGCAGUACCAAAGUGUACUCAAGAGUUCAUUAAGUAUGUUAGCGAGGGAGCUAUCAUGGUCCAAAUUUGGGGCAAGUUUAAACCACCAAAAGAAAAGAAGAAAGUCAACACUAAGGAUUCCAUGAUUAAUGCUGGUCUACAGAAGGCUGCUACACACAAUGCUAACACCAAUGUGAAGAAAUAUGAUGCAGACAAGAUGAAAUACAUGAUGGAAACAGCCAUGUUAAGAAAGAGACAAGAAAAGAUGGAGAAGAAACUGGUUUGGUUGAGAAAGAUGCUUGAUGUAGCAGCAGAGCACAAGAAGAAGAAGAUUUCUACAAAUAUCAUAAAAGGAGUAUAUGAUGCAACAACAGCUGAUACAGCGGAUAAAUGUAUAGCUAUGAUUCCGGGGGAGAAAGAUUCAGAUUCAGAGGGUAGCAGCAGUUCAUCUAGCAGUGAUAGUGGGUCUAGUCAUUCAUCAAGUGAUUCACACAAAAAAAAUGAAGAUGGGGAAAAAAAGAAAAAGAAGAAGAAGAAGAAACGUAAGAAGGACAAAUCAAAUGAUAAAGCAAAAUCAUCCUCUCCAAAAGAAAAUUCCUCUCCAAAAGAAGAUCACAAGAAAAAAGAAGAAAAAUGGGAGAGAAAGAAAUCUGCUCAUGAUACAUCCAGACAAGAAAAUAAAAAGCAGAAAAUUGCUCCCAAGAACACAGCAUCAACAUGUGUUUUACUCUAGACUUAUCACUGUUGUUUGAAUGACACUUUUUGCUCAAAUCCAUGCGAUAAAGAUAUGUGUGUAUUUUGUUAAGCUAUUAUUUAUUACAAUAUUGUAUGCUACACAGAGCUGCAUAUUUGUCCUUGAUUAAGAUUUUAACCAUUAGGUUUGGUUAAAAUUCUACCCAAAGGCAAAAUAAAUAACGACAUCAGGUACUGAAAAGCCUUAUUCAUUUACGUUUGAUCACUCAAAAGGGGAAAAGUAGGUUUGUUCUUUCAAAUUUAUGUCAUAAGGAUAAUAAAUACACAUAUAUUUUUAUUUCAAUGUUAUUUUUGUGUUGAUUAUGCUUUUUUGCCGUUACCAUUUGAUUCUUUCUAAAGUUACGAUGGUUACAAGAAGGAAAUAAAUGUUGAUUUGAAAUUUAAUUUGCUUAAUAUGCAAAACCUUUAACUUAUUUUGUUUGCUAUUUUGUGUAUAAAAACAUAAUUAUUUAUCAGUGUGGAAAAACAUAUUUCAAAGUUGCAUUCUUAACUUAAAUUUCAUCACCUGAAUAGAAUAGGCUGCAUAUCAUCAAAAUAUUCUGUUCUAUAAAGUAUAUAAUAAAAUUCUCUUUUGUUAUAUGCAUAUUUCUCUAUUUUAUUUUAUUGUUAAAUUGUCCAUUCUAAUGACAAGUUAUUAUUAUAGAAAGCAUUCAUCAUUUUAAACUGAAAAAACUACACUUUUAUUUACCAUUCAGGACUAAUGACAGUAUUUCUUUUUGUAUUUCUUUGGUGUUAGUUUGCUCUGUCACCACUGUAUUGUUGUAUAUGAUGUUAUUCAGCAUUCAACAGGGAAUUAUAUGCAGUUUUUCUGUUUGUAGAAUUUCCAGAAAAAAUUCUUUAGUGACAACAGCUAGUAAAAUAUUUAACGGAACAACUGUAACUUGAUAACCAUAACUGAGUUACGAUUCAACCAAAUCAGCUAGAUUCUGAUGCUUUUCAGUUGGACUUGAAUACAAAAAAAAUAUGAAUAUAUGUUUUCAAUUCAUUUAAAUCAAACAAAAACUGAAAUAUUUGUACAUGUCAUAAUAUUUUAACUUAGGGAUUGUUGACAUAAGCAUAUCAAAUAUAUAUAUAUAUAAUAUUUUAUCAAAUGUGUUGAAUUUUCAAAAUUUAGUAAUUUAUUGUUUGGUAUUUAGAUAUAUCUUGUUUUAUGACCUCAUAAGAUGGUUAUGUAUAUUGAUUUACAAGAAAGUUAUGAUUCAAAUGGUUGCAUAAUUCUAUCUGUUACUUAUAUUUUUUUAAUAGCUUUAUUGAUAAACAAUUUACUUAAAGAAAAAUCUUGAUUUCAAUGUCUGAUUUCCCCUCCUAAUAACUAUAUAACAAUGAACUUGCCUGUAAGAAUAGAUAUCAGUUAUGACCUCAGCAGUAAUAUAAAGGGAAAUAAUAAAUAAGGGAUAUAAUUAUCGUCAAUUGCCAAAAAGUUCAAAAAAAGAUACAAAUAAUAAUAUAAAACUUAGAAGCAGUGACAUCUUUUGCUUAGCUUUAAUGUUGUGUUUUGUCUGUAAAUGUUGUUGUAAAAUCAAAGAAUCCAUGGAUCAAACAAAACAAGUAAGGUAGAACCUUAUCCCUGGCUACAGUUAUAACUUAAUUGGUUGUUGUUAGAUUUUGAUUUAUUUAACUUUUCAUAUUGCAUCAAGUGCAUUAAAUUUUAGAACAGUAGAAUUUGAAAAAAAAUUAGCUUAGUUAUAAACUCUGGUUGUGAUCCAUGGAUUCUUUUAUAGCUUUAUAACAUAAAUAUAUACUAUUUGUGUUAUAAAGUUAGUUAAAAAAAAUAUUCAUGAAAUUGUGCAAUAUCAAAAUCAUAUUUUUUGUAGAUUUAUUUUGUUGUUUUUAUAUGUUUAUGCAGAGAAUGUCUCUUGCAUCUCUUGGUACAAUUAGUGCUUAUGUUUCAGUUACUUGUCACCUAAAAGCUUGUUGCAUUGUAUUAUUUUAUGUUUUAUCAAAGAGCAUAAAUGAUAUAGAUGCAUCAUUGCUGGUGGUAAUAUAUUCAUAAUCUCAUCUUUCCAUUUAUAGUUUAAUGAUUUGAAUUGUGUUCGUUUGAUUUUGUUCACUCUCCUAAAAAGUUUCCCCUCACUGUUAUUUUGCAUGCAGCCCAUUUUAAACCCAAGUCUAAAGAGUGAUGCAUUCUAAAUUUAGGUACUAAUCGAGAAUUCUUACUAAAAUGUUCAGGUUUAAUUUGCACUUACGCUUAUUUGAAAUUUGAAGGAAAUGAAAAUAUUCUAACUUUUCUAACUUUUGUCUCCCCCCCUUUUUCUCACUGAGAAUUUUUGUGUAUAUGGUAUAGGUAGCACUUGCUGAUUAUAACACUGGCUUGAUUUGCUGUGGUAGCUAGAUUUAUUAACAAUAUAGAUUGUACUACCCUUGUUCUAUCCACAAAUAAUGGAUCGUCUCCCUUGCAAUCAUUUUUGUGCUGCCAUCUUUGUUUACAGCCUAUCAGAAGGAAGUAACUGCUAAAUCUGAAAUCAGUCUAGAAUUCUGAAAUUCUUAUACUAAAAUUAGUUAUGUGUUGUUUGUCAAUGUUGUGUGUAAAGUAAUUAGCAAUGCUUGUCAUCUGCUGCAAAUCUAAAUUUCUUAUUUAUUUAGAAAUCUUACAUUUUUAGUUUAAAAUUCCAAAACAUUUAGUCCCAUGACAUGUCUUGCUUGCAUGUUAAUCCCUGAUGAUUGUGUUUGACAUUGUGGAUAUAGUAAGGGUUUGGGUUUGUAGUGUAUUAACAUAUUAGUGUGUUUAAUGGAACAUGUUCCAAAUUUUUACACUGCCAAAAUAUUUAUGUGACUUGUCGAUGGACAAGCGAAGGCUUAUCAAAGCAAGACUGUGAUACAAUUGUAAAUAAAAUAAUCAUUUUUUGUCAUAUUCAUCUUGACAAAUGAAGGUUAAUUUAGUAUCCAAAGAAAAUUGUGAUAUUUCUAUGGAAACAAUUUAACCUCAACUGUCAAGGUCAUGUUCAUUUGUUAUUGGAAUUAUUGAAAAUUGUUAUUUAAUUGAUAAACUCCAGUUGGGCCACUUUUUACUUCAUAUUAGUUUCUGUUAUAAAAGCAAUCAAAAAACAAAUUCUACAUGAUAUUGCAAGUGUGUGGCUAUAAUACUUCUUGUAUGCGCCUCUUUAUCUUGUGUUACGUCUCGUCUGCAAGGAAAGUUGUAAAAGCUUAGCUUAGCUGCUGAACUAACUGUUUCUACUGGUGACAUCAACAAUUAUUAAUGUUACACUGGCAAGACAUUUCUCUGUGCCAACAGCUUAUUGUGCAGAAAUCUCCAGUUUUGAAAUUAGUUUAAUACAGAAAAAGCAGGGUAUUUAAAAAAAAACUAAAUUUGAUUUCUAUCAUAGUUUGCAUAAAUUUUCUAUGGAGAGGUUUUUAAGACUUUUUAGUGUACAAGUAAUAAGUGGCCAAACUAUAUCUAUGUGUUAAAUUUUGUUGAAUAGAGAUGACAUUCAACAAAAUAUUUGUUUUAUAAGUAUCUAAAAAUUAUUAUAAUCUUGAUUAUAAAAACAAAGAAAAGGACAAUAAACCAAGUAAUAAAGUCAAGUCAAGAUUAGAAAAACAGUAUAUCCACAUGUUGAAUGGUCAGGUUUUUUUGUGAAAAAUUAAACUUUUCUAAUCAUAAAAAUAGGAUAAUCUAUGUCAACCAUCAGAUGGAUGGCAUUAAAAAAAUAAUCCCGAAAAAAAAUAAAAAUAUUUGGGGGUUGUAUAAUAAACAAUCAAAACUGUUACCAGUAAUGUCAAGACUUUUAUUGCUACUUACAGGCAAGUUCAUUUAUAAAAAUAGUUAGCUAAAGUUUAAAACUAUGUUAAGACUUCUAGCCAAAAAUGUAUCUGUAGAUUAUUUUUCUUAUUGAAAUGUUAAUGAUUAUAUCUAUAAGUUGUUGAGAUUUAUGUUUACACAUUCCAUCCAGUAAUACCUCUUAUGUCUUUAAUGUUGUUUAUAAAUUAUUUAUUUUAUACUUUUUGUUAUUAUUUUUACAAUGUUACAGAAGACCAAUUAAUGAAAGAUUUGUUUUUUAAUGAGAAAGUAAAUUUCCCAUUGAACUAACACUAAGGUGAACAAAAGCUAUAAUGAUUUAGUCAAUAGGACAGUUCAUUUGCAAAAAAAACAUUGUCUUGUCAAAACAUUGUACCAACAAGUUCAGGAGAAAUGUAUCAUUGAUCUGAUUCUCCCCAAAAAAAGCUAUAAUUUUCUGCCUGUUCAUGGUAGGAAUACUGUAUUCAACCAUGUUUAAUAUAAGAAUAACUGUUUGAAAAGUUAUCUCCCUUUGAAAGGAAGUUAAUGACAUAAUUUAAUGUUCAUUGUUGAUUCAAUUAGGUGGUAGGUUUCAAAUGACAAAACUUUUAACCAAAUCAUUUUAUAUUUGUUGUUUAUUCAAAUGUUUAUUUAUAUGUUAAUCCAGAAAUGUUACUUUGAAUAUUCUGUAUAUCCUUGAUGGAUUUCUGAAUAUUCAAUUGUUUGUUUUGACAAAAUUACUUGUAUGGUGUUAAUGCUUUCGUUUACAUGAAUUUAGAUGUAACACUGCAAACUUUUAUGUAUAUUCUAUUUUUGAUUCACUGAUUUGAAUAUGAUAUUCAUUUAAGAUACAUUCCAGGCUGUGUGCUUAUUCAUUGAAUUUAACAUCAUUUAGUUAAAAAAAACUAAUAAAAAAAGGUCACAAUCAAGCAUUCACUUUCUUGUCAAUUUUAAACUAAAACAUGAUUUAUAGUUUUUUGGUUUUUUUUAUGUUAUGAUUUAUGGUCAGGAAUCGUUUGCAGUUAUAUGUUUUAGAGUCCCACCUACAAAACAGAUGGGAGAAAAAGGCAAAUGUAAAAAAAAACAUCUCCAUAUCAGUGAGCUUGAACUGUGCAAUAUUUCAGACAAAGCAGGCUCAUUUGUUCUUAAAUGCUGUGUAGCUUUCUAGACUGGAUCUGUUACAAAAUUCCCAUACCAUAAAGUGUAUUUGUAGGACACUAUACACACCAAAAGAUGUGGAGUAUUUUUACCUGACCAAAUGCUCAAUUUAUUGGAAUAUUGUACAGCUUGAAGCAUUAUAGAUUGAUCCAUGUCUUAGUUGCUUUUCUCAAUCAGGUUUAUAGGUGGGACUAUCUAGAUUCUAACAAUGUAAGAUAGUGGAGAAGGCAUGUAUGUAUGGAGAUUCAAAUCCAAAUAUCAAAUUUAUUGUUUAUUUUUUCCGUCCAUAACUUUGCAAUAUUUAAUAUAUUUGUUUUCUUUUUUGUUUAACCUAGUAUUUAUAUGCAAUCAUACUGAUGAAUAAAAUUCUAUUAAAAGAGAUGUGUACAUGAACUAUUCAAGUCGGUUUGUUUUUUUGGAAUGCAGUUAUACUUUUGAUUGGUUAGAAAGGUUCAAAAUUUAAAUUAUAAACAUGGUAAAUGUAUUAAAAAAUUGAAACUUUUGGCAACAUGUAACUUAAAACUAGGGCAUAGGUUUUUUUUUUUUUAAUUUAUCAUACAUUUGCCCUCUAUUUAAUUCUGUUUAUUGAUCAAAGAUUCAAGCGAUCGCUAUGUAAUUUAUGUAUGUAUUUAUUUAUUUGCACCUUUGUUCAACCAUUUAAAAUGAUGCACCAAGACUUCUAAUGAAAAGAGUCAACUGUAAAAAAAAAUUACAACAAUUAAAUUAUUACAGUAUUCA